AUGGGAAAUGGAAGAAAUGGGAAUGGAGGUGGGGACUUAACUAGAGAUGGUGGAGGUGGAGAUGGCAAUGGAGGAGGCAGAGACUUAACCGGAGGUGGUGGAGAUGGAGAAGGUGGUGGAGGUGGAGAUGGUGAUGGAGGAGGAUGGGACUUAACAGGAAGUGGUGGAGAUGGCGAUGGAGGAGACAGGGACUUAACUGGAGGUGGUGGAGAUGGAGAAGGUGGUGGAGGUGGAGAUGGCGAUGGAGGAGGCGGAGACUUAACUGGAGGUGGUGGAGAUAGAGAAGGUGGUGGAGGUGGAGAUGGCGAUGGAGGAGGCGGAGACUUAACUGGAGGUGGUGGAGAUGGCGAUGGAGGGGGCGGGGACUUAACAUGA